AUGGUUAAAGGACCCAAUGCUGGGAAAGGCAAUGGUGAAGGUGUUGUCAGAAGCAACUGUGAGAGUAAUCGUGUAUCAGACCUAGAAGAGGAGAAUGCUCUUUUGAAACAGGAAAAAGAGGAGCUUAACAACAGAGUCCUGUGUCAGUCUGAAGAUGAAAUUGCGCGCAACACUGUUGAGGAAAAUCUGUUGAAGAAGGAGCUAGAAGAGGAAAGAUCUCGUUAUCAAAACCUGGUAAAGGAGUUUUCGAGGCUGGAGCAGAGAUAUGACAAUUUGAGGGAUGAGAUGACUAUUAUAAAGCAAACCCCAGGGCACAGAAGGAACCCCUCUAAUCAGAGCAGUCUCGAGUCUGACUCCAACUACCCAUCAUUCUCUACGUCUGAGAUAGGAGACACAGAGGAUGCAAUACAACAAGUGGAGGAGGUUGGUAUCGAGAAAGCAGCCAUGGACAUGACUGUCUUCCUGAAACUACAAAAGCGAGUGAGGGAGCUUGAACAGGAGAGAAAGAAGUUGCAAGCCCAGCUGGAGAAGAGGGAGAGAGAGAAAGAAAACAAAAGCUCCCAGGUAAUUGAAACGAAGAAUGAAAUGGAUUUGGACCGUGAUACCGAUCUAGCAUACAACAGUCUGAAGAGGCAAGAACUGGAAUCGGAGAACAAGAAACUGAAAAAUGAACUUAAUGAACUAAGAAAGGCUAUAGCAGACCGAGCAACCCAAAACGACGCUUCCAAUGAUAUCCAAGACAAUUAUAAGCUUCUACUGAAUCAGCUUAAAUCAGCCAAUGAAGAGCUGGAAGUGAGGAAGGAAGAAGUACUUAUUCUAAGGACACAGAUUAUAAAGGCAGCCCAGGAAAAAGAGACCAGCAAAAAUAUGGAAAAAAGUAUUCCCUCCUGGCCUUGGCCUAACUCCUCCAGCCCUCUGGAUGGAGAGCUCGGCUUGGCUUAUCAAGGGCUAAAGCAAGUUGCCAGGCUCCUUGAAGCCCAGCUCCAGGAUCAGAGACGAGAGCAUGAAGAAGAGGUGGAGGUUCUGAAAGCUCAGGUGGAAGCUAUGAGAGAGGAGAUGGAGAAACAGCAACAGGCCUUUUUCCAGACCCUUCAGCUCUCGCCAGAGGCUCAGGUGGAGUUUGGUCUUCAGCAAGAAAUCACACGUCUCACUAAUGAAAAUUUGGAUCUCAAAGAAUUGUUAGAAAAACUGGAAAAGAAUGAGAAGAAGCUUAAGAAACAGCUGAAGAUUUACAUGAAGAAGGUCCAAGAUUUUGAAGCAACCCAAGCAACGGUACAGACUGAGAGGAAGCGACAGGAGCUUACCAGGCAAGUCACUGUCCAACGGAAGGAGAAGGAUUUCCAGGGGAUGUUGGAAUAUUACAAGGAAGAUGAGCCACUACUCGUCCGGAACCUCAUUACAGAUCUCAAGCCCCAGACCGUUUCUGCCACAGUUCCCUGUCUUCCUGCUUACAUCCUCUACAUGUGCAUCAGACAUGCAGACUACAUCAACGAUGACCAAAAAGUGCAUUCCUUGCUCACCUUGACCAUCAACGGCAUUAAGAAAGUGUUAAAGAAACACAACGAUGACUUUCAGAUGACGUCAUUUUGGCUGGCUAACACGUGUCGCCUCUUGCAUUGCCUAAAGCAGUACAGCGGGGAUACGGGUUUUAUGACGCAAAACACUGCUAAGCAGAAUGAGCACUGUCUGAAGAACUUCGAUCUCACAGAGUAUCGCCAGGUUUUAAGUGACCUCUCCAUUCAGAUCUAUCAGCAGCUUAUUAAGAUAGCAGAAGGCAUGCUGCAACCCAUGAUAGUGUCUGCAAUGUUGGAAAACGAAAGCAUCCAGGGCCUCUCUGGUGUGAAGCCAAUGGGCUACAGGAAGCGAUCCUCCAGCAUGCCAGAUGGCGACAACACCUACAGCUUAGAUGCAGUCGUUCGCCAACUGAACACCUUUCACAGCAUCAUGUGUGAGCAGGGCCUGGACCCGGAGAUCAUCCAGCAAGCCUUCAAGCAGCUGUUCUACAUGAUUAAUGCUGUCACGCUGAACAACCUCCUGCUGAGGAAGGAUGUCUGCUCGUGGAGCACUGGCAUGCAGCUCAGGUUUAACAUCAGCCAGCUGGAGGAAUGGUUGCAUGGAAAGAACCUGCAACAAAGUGGAGCAGCACAGACCAUGGAGCCCCUGAUCCAGGCAGCACAACUCCUGCAGCUGAAAAAGAAAACUUCAGAAGAUGCCGAGGCCAUCUGCUCCUUGUGUACAUCCCUUACCAUGCAGCAGAUUGUAAAAAUACUAAAUCUCUACACUCCUGUGAAUGAGUUUGAAGAGCGUGUGACUGUAGCCUUCAUAAGAAACAUUCAGGCACAUUUGCAAGAGCGAAACGACCCUCCACAGUUGCUGCUAGACUUCAAAUACAUGUUCCCAGUUUUGUUUCCAUUCAGCCCAUCCUCCAUCACCAUGGACUCUAUUCACAUCCCUGCUUCUCUCAACUUGGAAUUUCUCAAUAAAGUCUGAAGAAAAUAUAUUUAAACCUAUCUCCCUUCCUUAGAGAAUUUAAGCAAAAAAAAAAAUUAAAUAAAUUUAAGGAUUUCUUUAAAUAUGGACCAAACAAGAUGGUGAAAACUGAUAUGCGGUGAUCAAUCAGUGCUAAAAUGUACAGUAAAAUAAGAAACUGA